UUGAACGAGGGCCUCGAGGAAUUUCCGGAACUACGAGCAAAGCCCUCUCCUUGGAUUGAACAGCACUUUUUGGUAACUAUGGCCACUGCGCCACACUCUUCACUUCACAUGAGAUCGACCGAUCUCAUCAAAAAAGAGCCCCUGGACUACGGAGGUUUUGGAGAAGUUUACCUGUGCUACCAUGUGACCCUCGGCCAGGUGGUGUUGAAGACAAUAUAUACAGGCCCUCUUCGGAACGAGGAGAAUAAAAAGUCACUGCUGGAGGAGGGGAACAUCAUGGCGAGCCUGAACCAUGAACGGGUGGUCAAGUUGCUGGGUGUGAUCAUGGAGGAUAGCGACUGCUCUCUCGUCAUGGAACUCCUCCCCAGAGGCAACCUGUUGGCCAUGCUAGAGAUGGUCUCUGUGCCAAUAUCCAUCAAGGGCAGAAUCAUCGCAGAGAUUUUGGAAGCGAUGGUGUACCUCACAGAGAGACAAAUCAUACACAAGGACAUCAAGCCAGAAAACAUUUUAGUGGACAAGGAUUUUCACAUCAAGAUUGCAGACCUUGGCCUGGCCACCUGCCAGACAUGGAGCAAACUCACAAAGGAGGAGUCCCGCAGGAAGAGUCGCAAGGGUCGAUCAACUGGGGUGAGAUGUGCCGGCACACUGAGCUACAUGGCCCCCGAGCACCUGGAGAGUAUACAUACGGUCUCCACUGAGAAGUCUGACGUCUACAGCUUUGCGAUCGUGGUUUGGGUCAUCCUCACCGGGGAAGAGCCAUACGCAAAUGCCAGAAGUGAAGACCAAAUAUGUCAGUGUGUCCGAAACGGCGACCGGCCGGCAGAAGACCUCAUUCCAGACGAUACGCCUUCAGAGAUCAUUCAGAUGAUGAAGAGGUGCUGGGAUCCCGAUCCACUGCAGCGGCCAACAUUUAAAGAGAGCUACACCCUCUUCCUCCCGUUCUACAUGGAGAAGCUUGAACCACACGUAGAGCAAGAUUUACUUAAACUGAGGGAGUUAUACGAAGGCCCAGACGACCUUGUUGAGAAGAUGAAAUCUUUAUCAAUGACCCAUGAAUGUUUUUUGGCAGAUUGCCCAGCUCCUUUGGUGAGUUCAGACAGAAGUGUGUCCGUGCCAGUUGAAGCCAGUAUUGAGGACAUGCAUGACAUCCAGUAUGAGCCGUCCGGGGGGUCUGUUCAGGCAGAUGCGAAGGCAGGUAGCAGCCCUUCGGCCUUGGAAGAGAAGCUGGAUCGGGAGCUGCAGUACCACAAAUGUGGCAGCUAUAACUGUGAGAAUCAGCCCGAUGCUGUCAGCUCCUUCCAGCACGGCAGCUCAAAUCCUUUCCUGCAAAACUUCGGCACAUGGGAUCACGCCAUAAGGCAACCGGAGCAGGACAGACCCUCUUAUGUAUCCUCUGUCCAUUCCUGGACAAAAGCUGAGCCGGUGCAGCCCACCAGCCAGGACGAGGCGUGGCAUCGUCCCACUGCUGGUUUGUAUGAGUCCAUGAACUCUUCCACAGUUACUCCACCCCCCUUGCCAAUGUCUGCCAGCACCUCUUGUCUACCGCAGUUUAACCAGCAACAUCCACAUUCCCACUACGACCGCCAGCAGUCUUGGCCAACUUACCCAGUGUCUGAUACAUCUGCUCCUGACAUCAGCCCUGGGCAUCAACUGGCCCCUUCAAAGAGCAGCAUGCCACCAGAUCCAGGAUCUCUUUUCAUUCAGAAUGCCAGCGGGAUCCAGAUUGGGAGCAACAACACGAUGAGUAUCAGAAGUUACGAUUCCUCCCAUAGUUUAUUGUCUCAGCCCGGCUCAACUAAUUCUCCCUUAAAAGAAGCCAUUCUGAAAUAUGAGGACCAUGCUGUGACGGAGGAGCACCUGGAUCUGCUGAGGGAAAACAUCGGCAAUAAAUGGAAGCGUUGCGCGCGGCGACUGAGUCUGACCACUGUGGAAAUAGAGACCAUUGAGCAUGACUUUUACCGCGAUGGCUUGCCAGAGAUGGUGCACCAAAUGCUGGAGCGUUGGAAAAUGAAGGAGGGGAGCAUCGGCUGCACAAUCGGGAAGCUGUGUCGAGCCCUGGAAGGCAACAUAAAGGUAGAUGUCAUCCAGAAGAUACUGGACGCCUGCGGUUCUUCCUCCUCGAUUUCAUGAACUUCCCUUGUCCCUUCUAAACGGCUUCCUGCCUUUGGCGGAUUUAAAGGCUUCCUCUCAACCAAAACAUCGUUUGGUUUUUAUGUGAUCAAAAUGGCAAAUAGAAAACUCAACAGCUGAACCAAACUGUAAUUUUCCAGAAAAAAUAUCAACCGCUGCCAGCUGUUUUCAAAGGGAAAGUCUCUUUGAUAAUCACUCUGACUUCUAUUGUGACAGUUUAAACUUCCAAAAUUAUUAUUAUGAGCAGUACAGACAAACAUGGUCAGGGAGGGUUCAGGUUCUUCUAAUAAUGAAUUUUCAAAACGUGUAAUGUAAUUUACUAUAAAGUAAUAAUGGCCUAAAUAAUUACUUCUGACGUGUGGCAAGUCAAAGUAAGAACCAUUUCAGAGGUAAUAUAUUUGAUAUAAACAUUCUCAAGUGUUUAUACAUCAUGACUGUGACUUUAAAGGUUCCAUAUUAUGCACAUUUUCAGGAUCAUACUUUUUAUAGUCACAAUCCAUACAUUUUGAGUGUCUACCAGGAAAUGUUUACAUGCUUUAAUGUUCAAAAAAUACAUUAUUUUUCUUAAA